AUGGUACCCUCAGUGGCCAAGUGCAGUUUCAUCCUCCUUUUCUUUUUGUUGAAACAUCCUCAACAAGCAAAAGGAUGGGAUAAAGUUCCUUCGUUUUGGGAGUCACAUGUUCUCUCAGCUCCAAAAGGACACUACGUGGAACUGAACUUUACCAUGCGCAGCUACUCGUGGGCUCCACGACCGUGUCUGCAGGACUACUAUCUUGAGAUCCGUGACGGCAAUAAUCAGUCAGCCAACGUUCUUGGUGUAUUCUGUGGAGAUCACAAGGCUGCUGUAGUGCGAUCCAGUGGACGAUACUUGUGGUUAAGAUUUUUCCCUUAUCGCAGAUAUAAUCUUAAUGCAUACUACACGGGAAGAUCCUCCAAUCAAACAGCGACACCUACCAUGACCCAAGUACCCAAGACACAGACUGUAAUUUUGAACAGAACCUCCAACCUGUGGUGCCCGGUGGAAGGUGCGCCAGCUCCAUACAUUGUAUGGAGAAAAAAUGGUGUUGUUGUUCAAAAUAGUACCAGCGUAAGAUAUCAGCUUGUAGCUGCAGAGGAGAAUGUGAAUUACAGCUGUGAGGUACGAAGAGAUAAUAACGUAUCAAGGAGCGAAAUUAGCCUCAACAUUGAAGAGUGCCCAGGCCCUUGUGAUUGCCACAUUUUGAAGGGAACAUACAAUCUGUUGCGCGUGAGCUGUACAGGAAAAGAAUUGAUGUCGUUUCCGUGGAAAAUUCCCCUUACCACAGCGACGUUGGACUUGAGUAACAACCAGCUGAACGACUUGUCACAAGACAUUUUCAGCAACAAUACUCACCUGGCUUGGCUGUAAGCUACGAUUACACAAAUCUAUAUUGUGUGCAUUUCAAUUUAAAAGUAUAUGUCUAUAUCCAUACAUGGACUGACAAUGAUAUGUCGAUAAUAAAUAAUAAUAAUAUUCGUCAUCAGCCGCUUUGAAAACCAUGCGUAUUCAGCACAGUAAUAACUCUCACCUGGGGUGGCUGUAAGCUAAGAUUCAUUUCCUCAUUCCAUUGACGAAUUAACAGCCUCAUAAAUUCGCAUUACAAACUGCGCCUAUUUAACCGGUAUGUAGCAAUAUCGUAACUGAGGACUUGGGUUACAACCGACGAAGAGAUUGACCACAGAAAGUUCGCAGGAGCAAUAAACAACUUUGAUUGUUAAUUAGACCUUUUCCUUAAUCUCCUGGGCGAAGUUGUUCAAAACUGGGUAAA